GUAGCAGCAUGUUGUUCUAUUUUUUGUAGCUGAAGCAACAGCUGCAUAUUUUGAUUAAAAAUAUACCACAAUGGGCAAAAAACAGAAAUAAAUCAACGACAAAAAUUUAUUGUGUUAAGUGAAAAGUGCAAAUUGCAAAAAAGAGCAUAGCGCAGUUUAGUUCUAUGUAAUUCGUACAAUUCAAUCAGUACCGUUUGAACUUUGAUAUCUGACAAAUUACAGCCGCUUUCACUUUUUACCGUAACCAAAAAGGGCUAUAAUACAAACAACGUAGUUACUCGUCAAUACUUGAACAACAACAACUAUGGCUACAAAACGACGUCCACUUCGGCCAAAUCUGGGCGGCAGCGGAAGUAGUGGCCCUCAAAGUAGUAACUCCAAUAUGAACUUUCGACCUGGAGGACCUGACAUUACAAGAUCCGAGGCACGCGGCACACGUCCCACAGCGGCUCCAACGAGCAUACGCGAGAUCCUCGUCAUGGGCGUGAUACACUUGUGCAAAAAGACCAUCUUCUUCAACACGGACCUUAAGGUGGCGCUCUAUUUGGGGAGUCUAUUCAUCAUAUCGCUGAUUGGCGACUUCUUGCCCUUUCCUAAAACGUACUUUGCCCGCUCUGACAACUUAUUCAAUAUGUAUUUCGUCAAAAUCGGCUGGGGCUGGACUUUGUUGUUCCUCGUGCCCUUCACGGUGCUUUCGUCGUAUACGAUCACAUGUGGCGAUAUGAAACGCAUGCUGAGACAUCACUUACCUCGAGUACUGAUUGCCACAUUCUUCUGGUUCUUCUGGACGAAACUGUUUAACAUAGUGGAAACUUCAUAUGGUCGUUGCACAACGAAAGGCUACGCAAGCAAGUCCAGCUGCCUAAAAGCAGGUCAUCUAUGGCAAGGUUUCGACAUCUCUGGUCACGCUUUCAUACUCAUCCACUCGAGCUUAGUGCUGAUUGAAGAGGCGCGUCCGAUUAUCAAAUGGGAAACGAUUAAAGAGCAUCUGCGCAAUGAACUGCACAAUCGCAGUGUCUCCGAGACGUCUGGCAGCAAUCCACUGCGUACUCUUAAUGAGGAGCAAAUUCGUAGUCUACAAUUUCUGUACAAUCGCCUGACGCCCAUUAUUCGCACAUUGUUCAUUGGCAUGGCUGCCCUGCAACUGCUCUGGGACAUCAUGCUAGUGGGUACGAUGCUGUACUAUCAUCGCAUGAUCGAGAAGGUGAUCAGCGGCAUCAUUGCCAUUCUUACGUGGUACUUUACCUAUCGCUUUUGGUAUCCCACGAAUGGUCUCUUACCCGAGGCGCCUGGCAAUGGAGCAUUCUACUAUCAACGCGAGAGCUUUGUGUUCAAGCGUCCCACGCAUUUGCCAAGCUGCUCAACGCAGGCUGGUGCCCAGGUGUCGCCAGGUGGUGCAAGAGCAAACGCCAAUGGACAAUGGCAGUCGGGUAAACUAAGUGGUCAAUCGCAACAGCAGCAGCAACAGCAACAAAUACCCACCUUUAUGGGUAUGCCGCUGUUCACCAAUGUGAAGGCAGCUGCCUCAGCAGCUAGUUUGUUGCAGGCCGAGCAGAAGAAGCGCGAACAACAGGCAGGCUUGGAGAGUUGAGUGAUUUGAUUGAAACA